AUGAAGUUCUUCACCUUUGCUGUCGCCGCGCUCGCGUCGUUUGCGUCGCUCGCGUCUGCCGCGCCAGUCCCCGUCACGGUCCCCGUUGAGGCGAUCGAGGCGCGCGGCGAACUGGCCGCCCGUGCACCGCCCAAGGUCCCUACGCCCCAGGAGUUCAUCAACACGGGGCUCAUCAAGGCCCCGCGCCGCGACAAAGCCUUCUUCUGGACGGGCGUGCAGAACCAGGUCGGCGACGCGCGCCGGCUGCGCUCCGUCGCGCUCGACGUCGCCGCGAAGAACGGCUUCGACAUCGUCGGCGAGAUGCUCUCCGACGCCGCGCUGCGCCUCAUCAACGGCCCGAAGGCGCCCGUGACGCAGCUGAAGGCGGCCGACGCGGUCAAGUUCGUCGAGCAGUUCUGGGACAACGCGAGCGCCGCGUUCGCCGAGCUCACGACGGGCCAGGUGACCGUCAUGAUGGAGGGCGACCCGAGCACCGGCCCGCAGCCCGAGGCGAGCAGCGUCUUCCAGCGCAUCGAGCGCCCCAUCCUCGAGGAGCGCGCGAGCUUCGGCGUGCAGGCGGUCACGGGCGUCGACCGCAUCGGGCGCGACUUCCAGACGACGAAGCUGCGCGUGCCGUUCCAGGUUUGA